AUGUCUAGUUCAGAGAGUGAAAGUUCUGAUGUAUCCAGCUCCCAAAGUGAGACAAAUUUUGACGAGUGUGGUCAAUUUGGGUACAUAUUAGAACCGGAGUACACUGAAGAAGAACUCCAACAAAUUGAAGCUGAAGAAACUUCUAGACAACAGGAUAUUAUAAAUAAUCCUCGCAAGUUUGACACCAAUUGGUGUUCAUGUAAAAACUGUAUUGUCAUGCCAUUGCCGGCCGAGUGUUUCUGCUGCCACGAAUUUACGCUAUUAGAAGAAAAAAUGAAUUUGGGUGAAUGUGUCACUGAAAAUACAGAUUUUAGAAUAGUUUGUCUAAACCCCGUUGUUCUUGAAACAAGCUACAUAAGUUUCCUGAGAUACAAGCGCCAUAGAGGGAGAGCUCCAGACAAACUUACUAACAGACAAAGCAGGCUUAUGGCUUAUCGUCAGUUUGUGUGUUGGGUCAGGAAAGGUCAACCACUUGGCAAGAAACACAGAAUAACCCUACCGGCUUGUGUAGUUAAUGUCAUUAGAAAAGAGUUUCCAUCGUUGGAUGGGGUAUACGAAGGAUUCAAAGAAUGUGAAAGUGACACUUCAGACUCUGAAUAG